UGCUAGGUUUAGUAGCAACAUUUUGUCAAUUUAUCUGUCAAGAGUGGCGCCUAACUAAACAGGCGUUUAAUUAUCUCGCUUAACAAUUAGUUUUUUGCAUGUUUAUAUUGCAAACUAGCUCGCGAGGUGAACGCAACCUUGUCUGAAAAGCAUCUUUGAACAUAAUUGGAACACGAAAUUACGAUGCCAUCCCCGAUGGAGGGAUCUUCCAGAGAAGGUGACCUCUUUACUGUGAAACUUGAGCUCAAAAAUGCCAACCUGACGGGCCACGUAGAGAGGGUGGGCAUUGAAAACUUUGAGCUGUUAAAGGUACUGGGAACAGGAGCAUACGGCAAGGUGUUCCUGGUGAGGAAAGUGAGUGGCCAUGAUGCAGGGAAGCUGUAUGCCAUGAAGGUUUUGAAAAAGGCCACUAUUGUGCAAAAGGCAAAAACUGCCGAACACACGCGGACGGAGCGGCAAGUGCUGGAGCACAUCCGCCAAUCUCCAUUCCUCGUUACACUUCACUAUGCCUUCCAGACGGAUACCAAGCUGCACCUCAUUCUUGAUUACGUUAAUGGUGGGGAGCUCUUCACACAUUUGGUGCAAAGGGUGCGAUUUAAGGAGCAAGAAGUAGCCUUGUACAGUGGAGAGAUUGUGUUGGCGCUAGAACAUCUACACAAGCUUGGGAUUGUCUACCGGGACCUGAAACUUGAGAAUAUUCUGUUGGAUUCAAGUGGUCAUAUAGUUCUCACAGACUUUGGCCUCAGUAAAGAAUUUGAUCAGGUUGAACGGGCGUUUUCUGUCUGUGGCACCAUUGAAUAUAUGGCUCCAGAAAUUGUGGAAGGUGGAGAGUCUGGACAUGACAAGGCAGUGGACUGGUGGAGCCUCGGCGUGUUGAUGUACGAGCUUUUGACAGGCGGCUCACCCUUCACUGUUGACGGAGAUGAGAACUCGCACACAGACAUUGCCAAGAGGAUUUCAAAAAAGGAUCCUCCUUUCCCCAAAGACAUGGGACCUCUGGCCAAAGACCUCAUCCAACGACUCCUCAUCAAAGAUCCAAAGACGAGAUUGGGCUCAGGUCCUAAUGGAGCAGAGAAUGUAAAAAAACACCCGUUUUACCAGAAAAUAAACUGGGAGGAUUUGGCAGCCAAGAAGGUGCCUGCCCCAUUCAAGCCUGUGAUCCGGGACGAGCUGGAUGUCAGCAACUUUGCAGAAGAGUUCACAGAGAUGGAUCCCACCUACUCCCCUGCAGCUCUGCCUCAGAACUGUGACCGCAUCUUCCAGGGCUACUCUUUCAUGGCCCCCUCCAUCCUGUUCAAGAGGAAUGUGGUGAUGGACGACCCUGUCCAGCUGUGCGGGGGCUCUGAGAGGCCGGGCUCUGCUGCGGUGGCCCGCAGUGCCAUGAUGAAGGACUCACCUUUCUACACGAGUUAUGAGAUGGACCUGAAGGACAGUGCUUUAGGAGAGGGAAGCUUCUCCAUCUGCAGACGGUGCACACACAAGAAGACUGGACAGAAAUACGCAGUCAAGAUUGUCAGCAAGAGGAUGGAGGCGCAGACUCAGCGGGAAAUAGCAGCCGUGAAGCUCUGCGAUGGCCACCCUAACAUUGUCAAGUUGCAUGAAAUCUACCACGACCAGCUCCACACAUACCUGGUUCUGGAGUUGCUCGGUGGAGGGGAGCUGCUGGAGAGGAUCCGCAGAAAGCAACAUUUCAGCGAAACAGAGGCCAGCCGCAUCAUGCGAAAACUGGUGUCGGCUGUCAGUCACAUGCAUGACGUAGGAGUGGUGCACAGGGACCUUAAACCGGAGAACCUGCUCUUCACAGACGAGAGUGAGAACUCCGAGAUAAAAAUCAUAGACUUUGGCUUUGCUCGCCUCAAACCACCAGACAAUCAGCUCCUGAAGACUCCCUGCUUCACCCUGCAGUACGCAGCACCGGAGAUACUCAAGUAUGACGGCUACGAUGAGUCCUGUGACCUGUGGAGUCUGGGGGUCAUUCUGUACACCAUGCUGUCCGGUCAGGUGCCUUUUCAGUGUCAGGAGAAGAGCCUGACCCACACCAGUGCUGAGGAAAUUAUGAAGAAAAUCAAACAAGGAGAUUUCUCUUUUGAAGGUGAGGCCUGGAGGAAUGUGUCCCAGCAGGCCAAGGACCUGAUACAAGAGCUGCUGACGGUCGACCCAAACAAGAGGAUUAAGAUGUGCGGCCUGCGUUACAAUGCCUGGCUGCAGGACGACAGCCAGCUGUCCUCCAACCCGCUCAUGACCCCGGACAUUCUCGGCUCCUCCACUGCCUCCGUCCACACUUACGUCAAAGCUACCUUUAAUGCAUUUAACAAAUGUAAGCGGGAAGGUUUCCGCCUGCAGACGGUGGACAAAGCGCCGCUCGCCAAGAGGAGGAAGAUGAAAAAGACAAGUACCAGCACAGAGACCCGCAGCAGUUCCAGUGAGAGUACCCAUUCCUCAUCCUCCUCCUCCCAGUCUCAGGAGAAGAAUUUUCCAGAGGGCAACACCAAGCCGCAGCCCUCCAACAGCACGCCCGUCAACACACCCGGGGCCCUGGGAACGGACUCUGAGCACCAACCAGCGCAUCCAGCCUUUCACUUCUCAGAAGGACAGUGAGACAGCGAGAGGAAAAAGGGAGAUUCAGACAGUUUCGUGACCUGCGGGAUGGCUCGGACCAGUGUAGAGACGGCUCUCUUCUUUUUCUCUCCGUCCCGGGCAGCUCUCUGCCUCUGGCUCAAUUGCAUGGACGUCCGCACGUCUCCAAAACCAAGCAUGCAGCAGGAGCAGCAACCGUCACCUCAAUAUCAAUCAAUCAUCACUAGCAAUAGCCGAUCCCUUCUCUUUUUUUCUCACUUGCACACACACAGACUGUGUCAAUCAGGGACUGGACCAGGAAGAAGUUGUCACCAGUGUCCAAAAUGAAAAGGGCUGCUCUACCGCCCCAGGUCCAGAAAGACAGCGGAGAGACAUCUUCAGUCUCGUCAUAAGAUCGCAGCUCUCUCUCUCUCUCUCUCUCUGUCCGCUCCAUUUACCUGUCUUUGUCCAGAGGUUUUAAAGGGAAAGUCGCAGUGUUUACAUCACGGAUGCUUUUUAUCUUAUUGUCAAAGGGAGAGAAGAAAAGUAACGAAAUGUGGGUCCACUUCUCUUUUCUGGGAAGUCUCUGCAAGAUGGAGCAGGCUAUUUAUAUGUGAAUUUUACAGACUGAGAUUUAUUUAUGAUAAGCUAUAUUGUUAACUUAUUUAUGGUUCAGACUGAUCUGAAAAGAAAUAAUGGAUACAGUGAGUCUUUAAAAAAAUAGACAUUUUGUGUGUGUGUGUGUGUGUGUGUGUGUGUGUGUUAUCCUAUCAGCUGAAAAGACUGUUUCUAUGUCGUCAGAUGGUUGUUCAUUCAUCUUUGUAAUCAUCAAAAGAGGUUAUUGAGACACAGAUACGUACACAUUGUAAGACUGUUAUAGGCAAGAAGAGAUUAACACCAUUAGCUAAUUGUUAAUGGUCGUCAAAGUUAUGUGACCAAUAGUCCUUUGGACUUGGAGAAUAAUUUAUGGAGGCUGGUGAAUUUUAGGAACUGCAGCUGUGUCCAGUGGUCAAAAAAUCCUUGUUUAUGGGAAUAAAAUAAGCGUUAAAGUGUAAACAUCUUUUUAUAGGAACAACCAAAUGUGGAUGUCAUACGUUUAGCCAAAUAUGUGUUUUUUUGUUGUGCGGGGAGCACUGCUUCCCGAGGGGAUGUGACCGUACAAGAAGAGCUAUAUUUAGACGCAUUUUUGCCUCCGAUGUGGGAGUACUUCAAGACUCGCUGCUGUUCCACACAAUCUGAUCCUUCCAGUCAGUAUUUAGCCCAGCAGUUGAUUUGCCUUGUGUGGUACAGACUUAAUUGUCUCAUUAUCACUAUGACCAAUUGGACUGAGCAGAACGCCCCAAACGGAAAAUUGUGAUCAGCUUAGUGUGAGGUGAAUGCGUUAAGGAGUUUUCUGAAGAUGCCAAAGGGCAGCUUCCUUUUCAGAUGAGAUGAAGUGAUUUGAUAAUGUGCCAAAAUGCAAUUAAAUCAGGUAAUAGACAGGUUUGAGUCUAUAAGUUAAGAGGUGGUGAUACAUGUGGACAUUUUAAUGCAAUAGACAGGGUUCCCACUGAAAAACCUGGAAAAGAAGGUAAAUGUAAUUAAACAACUGCAUUUUCCUAAAGAAAAGUCAUUGGAUUUUUAACCCUUUGAAACUUGAGCAAAUGAGAUCAAUUUCUUUAAAAAGGGAAAAAGGAAAUGAG